AUGGCCAAUUCUGAGAUCGAUCUAGAAAGUGUUCGACAAGACUAUUUAGCGUCUUUGCAAGACUUAACAUUCAACUCUAAACCUAUAAUUACUAAUUUGACGAUUAUAGCACAGGAGAAUAUUAAUGCUGCAAGGGCAAUUGUACAAGCCAUCGAAGAACAGAUCAGAACCUGUCCACCACAGCACAAGUUGCCAGUGUUAUAUCUUCUUGAUUCUAUUAGUAAAAAUGUUGGAGGAACAUAUAUCAUGUUAUUCUCUAGAAAUCUUUAUCAAACAUUCAUGGACACUUACAAUUCGGUAGAACAAGCUACAAAAAGUAAACUUGAAAGAGUGUUAGCUACGUGGAAAAGUGGACCAACAGGAAAUCCUGUGUAUUCUUCGGAAGUUACUGGUCCAAUUGAAAAAACAUUGUCAAAGCAACAAAUGAGAUAUCAAUCUCGAGGAUCGAUUGAUGGUGGAAGAACGCACAUUCAUAUUAAUCCUAAUUUCUUGAGCGGAAUUAACUCGAACAGUUUAACUUCAUAUCAACAAGCUCAACAGUUGCAACAAGUACAGCAAGUACAGCAAGUACAGCAAGUACAACAAGUUCAACAAGUUCAACAAGUUCAACAAGCGCAACAGCCAAUUCAACAAACAUCAAAUGUGUGGGUUGAUGCGGCUAGGUAUAACAGUGGAACAUCUGCAUUUCCUGCUUCAGCACCUACUCGCCAAGGAUUUUACAACACAACUCAGUUUGCAAACAAGCCUAUUAUUCAACAAAACCAAGUGUUUGUUCCACCUCCCGAACAACAGAGACUUUUACAAGAAUGUCAAGCCUUGAUUUUGCAACGUCAACAAUAUGCUUUGAGAAAUCCCAGUGAUUUGCAAAAUCAAAGUCAAAUUGUCAAUUUGCAACAGCUUUCAGAAGUUCUCCAAAAAGCGUCUCUCACGGUUGAUCAAAUCCAACAAGUUCGACAACUCUUCGCCUCGUUUAAUCAAAUGAUUAAUCCCGCUACAGUUCAAGCUCAAGGACAAUCUAUUAUUUCACCUUCAUUCCCUAAUUUGACUCAAAGUUUAGGGCCUCCGAUUUCAAUUACUGGUUCACUUAUUUCGCAACCUCAUCCAGGUUCAAUUCCAGUAAGAUCUCCCGUUCAACAACCUCCUUCUUCGAUUCCACGACCACAACCACCACAUUCUCUUCUAGCAGAUCCAAAUGCACUGGUUAAAAAUUUAAUAGACUUUGGAUUACUUACAAAUACUAGCACAAAUCUUGGUAAUGUUGGUUAUACUGGGAGAAAUAACACCCCUACGCCGCCUCCUUCAAAUUCAGUUAGUACGGAACCACCUCUAUCUACUGUGAAAUCUGUAAUGGGUUUGGAAAAAAUUCAACUUACUAGUAAUGACAUUCAACGCAAACAUGAGGGAGUAGUUGCGGUUAUCUAUGAUGCUUUACCACGCCAAUGCAAACAAUGUGGAUUUCGAUACUCUGGAGAUGAUGAAGGAAAAGCGAAGAUGGAUGCUCAUUUAGAUUGGCAUUUUCGUCAAAAUCGUCGAAUGAAGGAAAAAUCAAAAAAGGCACAAAGUCGUAGUUGGUUUGUUAGCGAUGAGGAUUGGAUUCAUUCAAGAGAAUCGGACACAAAGAAUUCUGCAACUCCAGCAUUUUUUGAUUUUGAUAGUGGUACAACGAAAAAUAUAACUGGUGGUAAUAAUACUAAUAUUCAAACAAAUAGAAGAGAUGAAUUAUUUAAUGAAUCGACGGUUAUUGUACCACUUGAUCCUGAAAAAGCCAGUAAACCGUGUCCAAUUUGUCAAGAAAAAUUUCAAUGUUUUUGGAAUGAUACGGAUGAAGAGUGGUUAUUUCGUAAUGCUGUCGAAGUUGAUGGCGUUAUAUAUCAUGCAACUUGUCAUGCUGACGCACUUAAGAACCAAGAAAACGCAAAAUUAGCCGAAAUCGAAAAUACUUCAAGUCCUCCCGUUCUUGGUAAAAGAAAAGCGUCGCCAGAGCAUAUCUCUGAUAUGCCCAAACGUCCUGCACUUAUAUCUUGA